GCCCCUUCGACUCUUAGAGGGUACAAUAGUGCGGUGAACCGGUUUAUUCGGUUCUGCAGAGCGGAGAAGAUUCACCGGCGCUUUUGGCUCCCGGCGGACGAGCUCGUACUUUGCGCGUUUGCUGCAUCGAGCAAAGGCCGCCACGCAGGCAGCACCGCCAGGAACACUCUUGCGGGACUCAAGGCCUGGCACUCCACGCAGAACGCAGAAUGGAAGGGAGGCAAACACCUCAACUACGUCCUGAACGGGGUGGAGAACAGACGCCCCGCCCUCUCGCAUCGCCCUCCCCGCCUUCCCAUCAACCGGAAAAUGCUACGUAUCCUCAGGGCGGGUCUUGACCUGUCA